CCUCUCGUUGGCAGUUAGACCAAAACACCUUUUUUUUAAGAGACUCUUUUUUCCCCUUUCCUCCUUAAACUCUUCACUUUAUCAACAAAACCCGAGAACCGCCAACCUCGCUACCAUGAACCGCUUUGACGAGGCCGGAGGAAGAAUGCUGCAGCUGCCUUGGGAGAAGAACCUCACUAUGGUAUCUGAGCGUCUUUGGUUGUUGCUGACUACGGGCUGGCGUUCGGAUGUCACGGUUCAUGUACAGGGUGUCACGAUGAAGGCCCAUCGACUCAUCUUAGCCAUGAACUCCGCUGUGUUGGAGGAAAAGCUCUUCGGCCAAACCGAAACAGCUUCGAACUCUGACCUCAUUCUCGCGGAUGAUUCACCUGAAGCCUUCUACGCUGUCCUUGAGUAUAUGUACGGCGGCUGCCCUAGCCUGGUGAGCGUUCCCUUGGCUCUUAGGGUGAGCGACCUCGCCGUUAAGUACCAGAUGGAAGAUCUGCAUUCAGCUUGUUCUUUGUACAUCGUUCAUCACAUGAAAAACGCCAAUUACCAAGUCGACAGCGCAGGUCGCCUUCCUAGCUACCGUCAGGUGACAUCAGCAGGUGGCUCCAUAAUGCAAGGAGGAGGCACCGCAGAGGGAGAUCAAGUCCUUGUCGAAAAAGAAGUUCCUCCGCAUGACUAUUAACGAGAUGAAAAGUAUAGCACCUCAAACAUGUUCUAUUCAGUAGCUUCACCCUCUACCAGAAUUUUCUUAUUUCAUUUCAGCAUUGAGUUUCAGGUCAGAGGCGACUGGUGAGUGGUGUCAGUCGGAUAAGUUAGGAUGUGAACGAUGAUGCCACUAAAGUUACAGGAUAUAAGUAUUAUUUCAGGCAUCCCUUAAUUUUUCCUAAAUGAGGAACAAAUUAUUUCUUCCCAUUGUCUUUAUUUCGCUUUGAGGCAAAGUUUUGAAUUCGCUGUUCAUUAUAAAAGUAGUGGUAUGAUGAUAGCAUGUUUCACAAUGUAUUCUGUUUCUCACAACGUUCUCCAGAGGACAUUGCCUGGCCUGUUUUUGUUCGGUGUACUUAAUUAAUCAGUUAAAUCACUAAUACUGUUCUGAUUUCUAAAUGGUAGUUCGUAAUAGGAUUUCUGUAGAGAAUAUAAACCUUUAAAUUCACCAUUUCAUACGCUUUGCCA